AUGGAUCAAAGAGACUUUACAGCAUGUCAGAAUAUAUCUGUUAUGCAAUGGAACGAAGGCGGGUGGCAGCCCACAACCAAGGUCAGCCUUGAGGAGCUAUACACGGAAGGCCCAGGCCAGGUGCCCAAGAUAAUCUGGCCGGAUACAAAAGUGUACAUUAUAAUUGCGCGCACGCCUGCAGAUCUUGAAAAAGCAAAGCAUCAACACAUAUACCGUAAGGAAUUUACGAGUUGCUUCUUUAUGCCGGAGGUAUGGCAGUCGGAUCAUCUCAAUAAUGCAAACGGGUAUUUUGGAUGCGAGGCUACUCGGGAUGCGGGCAAUGUCACCGGUUUCAAUACCUGGUCUUUCUUCGAAAUGAAGCACUUGCCCAAAAAACUGGAAGACUAUUACUGGACCAAGCUCAAUGUUUCCACACGGUGGCUACGAUCAACAAACCAGAUGGGUAUUCUCUUACUUGACCCAAGCAAGGAUAUCUCGCUUCCACUGUUGAACCCGGACCCGCGAAAGCUGAAUGAUCCAUUUUGGGUUUAUUCGGACUUACUACAAGAGGUCGCUCGCCUCCAAGAAAUCGCCGUUUGGAAGAUUCGUGACCAUGUUCGCGAUAUUGAGAAAGAGGCUGAGAAAGAGGAGAAAGAGAAACAGGAGAAAGAGAAAGAAAAAGAAAAAGAGCACGAGAACAGGUCUUUGGGGAAAAGACCUGAACCUAAAUAUCGGCCACUACACGACAUCGCACGUCAUGCCAUUCACGUUACCGAGUCGCUAGAUGUGGCUGUUCAAAACGUGAACCAUAUAAUUCGGCAACACGAAAUGUACAUACACGCACGGAGAAAUCAAUAUGCACCACAGACACCUCAAGACACGCCCUUUGAGGAUAUCUCAAGUCGAUUGUCGUUUUUUCAAAGUCAUAUUGAAAGUAUACGACAUCGAUCAAUCUCGAACCAGAAGAGACUACAGAACGAGAUUCAGCUCAAAUUCAAUGAAGUCGCGCAAUAUGAUGCUGGCGUUACAGUGCAAAUUAGCCAUGCCGCACGUUUGGACAGCGCUACUAUGAAGACACUCGCAUUUGUGACUCUCACAUUCCUUCCGCCGACCUUCAUUUCUGCCAUUUUCAGUAUGUCAUUCUUUAAUUACGAUAGGGAUAAGGGUUGGGCCGUCUCCGACAAGUUCUGGAUAUACUGGGUGUUUGCUGUUCCAACGACCAUUUUAACAGGGCUUAUAUGGCAGUAUUGGAGUAGGCUCUUUCCGAGGCAUUCUCAUUCACAGGUCGAGAAGCCCAAGGAGAUGCCCGAGAAGGAACUUGAAAAGGUACCCAAUGAACUGCCUAUGUACAGUGUCUGA